AUGAAAUUACUAACACAGGAAGCCGGGCGAUGUACAACAAACCAUCCACCUACACGAACAGCUCAACCUGAACAAAGUUCAGGUGUAGACAUGGAUGCUGAUGCCGGGUUGAUAGCAAGUCGGCAUACGGAACAUAAAGGUUUCCAGAUAAAGGUUAAAGUCAGAGAGUGUGGGACACUUGCAGUGACUGAAACAAAGGACAUGAUGUGUGGCCCAGACCAGUGUACACCUUCAGUUGUGAAGAGUUUCCAAUUCCCAGAAAAUGCCUGCUAUGAUGACCCAGCUGAACAGUCUGACGAGGAGUAUGUCGACAAUGUGGAAGAAGACCCAGACUGGGAGCCAUCUGCUGAUGACUUGGCAGAUCUAGACGAGGAUAAAGAUGAUGAUGAAAACGCAACUGUUUGGCACGACUGUAUAGAAGACCAUGCACCAGACCUAAUGAAAGAAGAAAAAUUCAUUGUUUUUCAGAGUUGUCUUCUGUCUCUGUUAAGGUUGUGCCACAUAUGUUCCGCGGUGUGUAGCAACAUUAAACAGAAAGUGGUGGGCAGCAUGGUAAUUUUUGAAAGUGUUUGUGAAACUGGACAUUCAAGGAUCUAG